CUGGUUCCUGGAGGCCGACCCAGUCNCUAGGCAGCCCGGUCCCGGCACCGAAGGGCGGGCGAUGGACCAGUACUGCAUUCUGGGGCGCAUCGGGGAGGGCGCACACGGCAUCGUCUUCAAGGCCAAGCACGUAGAGACUGGAGAGAUCGUUGCCCUCAAGAAGGUGGCCCUGCGGCGGCUGGAGGAUGGCAUCCCCAACCAGGCCCUGCGGGAGAUCAAGGCCCUGCAGGAGAUCGAGGACAAUCAGUAUGUGGUGCAGCUAAAGGCCGUAUUCCCACACGGGGCAGGCUUUGUGCUGGCCUUCGAGUUCAUGCUGUCAGACCUGGCGGAGGUGGUGCGCCACACCCAGAGGCCGCUGGCCCAGGCACAGGUCAAGAGCUACCUGCAGAUGCUCCUUAAAGGUGUCUCCUUCUGCCACGCCAACAACAUCGUGCAUCGGGACCUGAAACCAGCCAACCUGCUCAUCAGCGCCUCGGGCCAGCUCAAGAUAGCGGACUUCGGCCUGGCCCGGGUCUUUUCCCCAGACGGCAGCCGCCUCUAUACGCACCAGGUGGCCACCAGGUGGUACCGAGCCCCCGAGCUCCUGUACGGUGCCCGCCAGUAUGACCAGGGGGUCGACCUGUGGGCCGUGGGCUGCAUACUGGGGGAGCUGUUGAACGGGUCCCCGCUUUUCCCAGGGGAGAACGACAUCGAACAGCUUUGCUGUGUACUUCGCAUCUUGGGCACCCCUAGCCCUCAAAUCUGGCCGGAGAUCACGGAGCUGCCCGACUACAACAAGAUCUCCUUCGAGGAGCAGGCGCCUGUGCCCCUAGGAGAGGUGCUGCCAGACGCCUCUCCCCAGGCCUUGGACCUGCUGGGGCAGUUCCUCCUCUACCCUCCGCGCCAGCGCAUUGCAGCCUCUCAGGCCCUCCUGCACCAGUACUUCUUCACAGCCCCCCUGCCUGCCCACCCUUCGGAGCUGCCAAUUCCCCAGCGCCCAGGGGGACUGGCCCCCAAGGCCCACCCAGGACCUUCCAACGUCCAUGACUUCCAUGUGGACCAGCCCCUCGAGGAGCUGCUGUUGAACCCAGAACUGAUUCGGCCCUUCAUCCCGGAGAGUUGAGCUGCUGGACCAGGCCCCACCGGCCUGUGUUCCAGGGCCUCCUGUUCCUCUGCUCCAGCCUGACUCAACCCAUGGCCACACUACGACCACACUGGGCUCACUCCGUACCUGGUCCUGUCCCAGCCAGGCAGUGAGGAUGUCCAGCCCCAGCAGAGGAGGAGGCCGGAGGCUGAGUGCUGCUGACUUACCAUCAGAAAGGGGCAGUGCGCCCACCUCCGCGCUGGCCGUGGUGCUGCUGCUCCAGGCACUGCCUUUCUGGCCAGGACACAUCCUGGAAGAGCCUUCUGUGAGCACAGAGUAGGAUGUCCUCAAUUCAGAAACCCGAGUGGGAAGGGAGGUGGGUUUACUUUUGUUCUCAAGGAUGUUAAACACUACUUCAGUUUUUGAGAUUUAUUAUUAAAAAGCCCAAGUAGUUCUGCCUGGUGUCUGCCUUUCUUCCAUUCCUAUCAAGGGAAGUGGCCGAGGUGGCAUCCUCUCCUGGUCCUUGCUUCUCUGUGGUCGCUGGGAAAGUGACCCCAUUCAUGGCUACUCUAAUCUUGGGGGCUCCCUAGGGGCUUUAUAUGACGGAGCUUCCCUUUGGAGGUGACGUGGCCCAAGUCCAGGCCCAAGUAUGGCUCAGGUUGUGAACCAAACACCUUAAUCUGGUUUACAGACAUCUCCGCCUUUGGAGAAGGGUGAGCCAGAACCAGUUGUGCCAUCUUCUUCCUUAGAGAAGGAGACAGGCAUUCCUGAAACUCACUUGUUAAUUCAAUAAAUCACAAUACAGUUCUA